CAUGGCCGGGCCGCGCGUGCGGCUGGUCGUCACCGCGGACGACUUUGGCUACUGCCCGCGGCGCGAUGAGGGCAUCGUGGAGGCCUUCCUGGCCGGGACCGUGACCAGCGUGUCUCUGUUGGUCAACGGCGCGGCCUCGGCGAGCGCGGCAGAGCUGGCCCGCAGGCACAACAUCCCCACUGGCCUCCACGCCAACCUGUCCGAGGGCCGCCCCGUGGGCCCGGCCCGCCACGGCGCCUCGUCGCUGGUCAGCCCCAAAGGCUUCUUCCUCGGCAAGAUGGGAUUCCGGGAGGCAGUGGCAGCCGGAGACGUGGCUUUACCCCAGGUGCGGAGGCGCGGCUGCUGUGACCCCCAAAGUUCCGCCCGGAGGGUGCGGGAAGAGCUGGAGGCCCAACUAAACUGUUUCCUGGAGUUGCUGGGCAAGGCGCCCACGCACGUGGACGGGCACCAACAUGUGCACGUGCUCCCAGGCGUGUGCCAGGUGUUCGCUGAGGCCCUGCAGGCCUACGGGGUGCGCUUCACUCGGCUGCCGCUGGAGCGCGGCGUGGGCAGCUGUAUGUGGCUGGAGGCCGCGGCGCGCGCCUUCGCCUGCGCUGUGGAGCGUGACGCUCGGGCCGCCGUGGGCCCCUUUUCCUGCCACGGCUUGCGGUGGACAGACGCCUUCGUGGGCCUGAGCACUUGCGGUCGACACAUGUCGGCUCACUGCGUAUUGGGGGCGCUGGCGCGGGUUCUGGAAGACAUCCCCACAGGCCGCGCCCUGACAGCCGAACUGAUGGCACACCCUGGCUACCCCAGCGUGCCUCCCGAAGGGGGCUGUGGUGAAGGCCCCGACGCUUUCUCCUGCUCUUGGGAGCGGCUGCAUGAGCUUCGUGUCCUCACCGCGCCCAUGCUGCGGGCUCGGCUUGCCCAGGAUGGUGUGCAGCUCUGUGCCUUGGACGAACUUGACUCCAAGAGGCCUGAGGAGGAGGUUCCCUGCGACGCCAUGCUGGAACCCUUCCUGGAGCCCUCCCCACCCUGACCCCUACAACCAGCCAAGCACUAUUCUAGUGCAAAGGAGCCAGGGUUAUGGCCUGGCACAGCGUAGAACCAGGCCCUGGAGCAGGGUCUGUGACUUCCCUGAGUGGGACACUGCCACCUCUGUGCCCAGGUCAAGGCUCAGAAUAGCAUCCAGAGCUUGGGCAGCCCUUUUGGCUUCAGGCAGGCCCAGCCUGGGCCUAGGACCACAGAGCAUUUGGUAACCCUCCAUGUUAAAGGGUAAACACUUUCACUGUUCAGGGACAGUGGGAAGAGAUUGCUGUAUCAAUAAAGUGUCUUUCAAA